GUGUGUAGAGACAGACAGAAUCACAUGCUCUCCUCUUGCACAGCACGCUGCUGUUUGGCUCCAGUCUGAUCUCAUCUCCAUGAGCUGUGUGUGUGUGUGUGUGUGUGUGUGUAAGUGUGUGUGUGUGUGUGACUGAGAGUGUGUGUGGGGACAAGCUUGGACUAAAUCUGGACUGGACUGGACAUAGGCAAAGUGGCAGAGCGGUCAAGAGCAAGUGCUGCAUCAGGUCAGCUGGACACCCUGUGAGUCUCUGACGACCUCUCGGCUCAGGAGAAGAGGAAAGAGUAGAGAAACAACAGAGUGAAGGGAGGAGAGAAGAAGAGGCCAUCUGAUGGCAUUGUGUUGGAUGCCUCAGUAAGGUCCUGGUUGACCUGGAGGUCAUGGGGUCAUUUACACUGGGGAAAGCAGCACCGCUGGAGCUGCUCUUGGAUGCAUGUAUCCAGGCUUUUGAUGAUGAUGGAGAGCUGCAGGGGAACCAGCUACCCCGGACUCUCCUGCUCAUGCACCGCUGGUAUGUCUCCUCUACAGAGCUGGCAGGAAAACUCCUCAUGAUGUAUCGUGACUGUGCGGGAGAUGACGGUCAGCGCACGAGGCUGAAGAUUUGCUAUUUAAUGAGGUACUGGAUCGAUGAAUUCCCGGCCGAGUUUGAUCUGGAUCUGGGUCUGAUCCGACUGACGGAAGAGUUCAGAGAUGUAGCAGCACAGCUGGGCUGUGACCAACACCUCAAACUGCUCGACAUAUCCACCAUCCCUUCGUAUGACUGGAUGAGGAAGCUAACGCAGCGCAAGAAGCAGGUGAAGAAGGGCAAAGCCUCGCUGCUGUUCGACCACCUGGAGCCCAUCGAGCUGGCCGAACACCUCACUUUCCUGGAGUACAAGUCCAUCAGGAGGAUAUCAUUCACAGACUAUCAGAGCUAUGUGGUGCAUGGCUGUUUGGUUGAUAACCCUACGCUGGAACGAUCCAUUGCCCUAUUCAAUGGGGUCUCCCAGUGGGUGCAGCUGAUGGUGCUCAGUAAACUCACCCCCCAGCAUAGAGCCAACGUCAUCAGCAAAUUCAUCCACGUUGCCCAGAAACUGCUGCAUCUGCAGAACUUUAACACACUGAUGGCAGUGGUUGGAGGUCUGAGCCACAGCUCCAUCUCUCGGCUGAAGGAAACCCACUCUCACCUCAGCCCUGACGUCACUAAGAUCUGGAGUGAGAUGACCGAGCUGGUCUCAUCUAAUGGCAACUACUGCGCCUACCGCAAGGCCUACAGCGAGUGCGAAGGCUUUAAGAUCCCCAUCCUGGGUGUGCACCUGAAGGACCUGAUCGCUGUGCAUGUGGUCUUCCCUGACUGGGUGGAGGACAGCAAGGUGAACAUUGUGAAGAUGCAGCAGCUCUACCUCACCUUUAGUGAGCUGGUGGCCCUGCAGAGCACGGCGGCACAGGUGGAGCCCAACAUGGACCUCAUCUACCUGCUCACGCUUUCUCUGGACAUUUACUACACUGAAGAUGAAAUUUAUGAGCUGUCUCUGCUACGAGAGCCACGGAACCCCAAGUCACUGCCCACAUCACCAACAACCCCCAACAAAACACAGGCUCCUCUUGACUGGGCCUCAGGAGUGACCACCAAGCCGGACCCCUCUGUCGUCAACAAGCACAUCAGGAAAGUGGUGGAUUCUGUGUUCCGUAACUACGAUCACGACCAUGACGGGUACAUCUCUCAGGAAGACUUUGAGAGCAUAGCAGCUAACUUCCCUUUCCUGGACUCCUUCUGUGUUCUGGAUAAAGACCAGGAUGGUUUGAUCAGCAAGGAUGAGAUGAUGGCGUAUUUCCUCCGUGCAAACCCGGUGCUGCAGUGUAAAAUGGGACCGGGCUUCAUCCACAACUUCCAGGAGAUGAACUACCUGAAGCCCACCUUCUGUGAACACUGCACUGGAUUUCUCUGGGGAAUUAUCAAACAGGGCUACAAGUGCAAAGACUGUGGGGUGAACUGCCAUAAGCAGUGUCGUGAGCUGCUGGUGUUGGCGUGUCGCAGACUUCCUCGUUCCACCUCUCUGGGCAGCGUCUCCCCCGGGGCCCUCACUCAUAGCUCCCUGCCCAGCAGCCCUACACUGCCCGUCUGCAAAGAUGAAGAUGAGGUGUUUGAGUUUCCCACGGUGAGCUCCUCAGUGGGCUCUGACUUGGAAGGCAAGUCCAUUACUCUGAUGACUGGCUCUGCUCAGCGGAUCUCAGUUCGGCUCCAGAGAGCCACCACUAGCCAGGCCACUCAGACUGAACCGCUGUGGCCCGAUCACGGCUGGGGCCCGGCCGCUGAUGCCGGCUCACAUACUUUCCCCAAGAUGAGGUGCAGGCCACACCGUAAAUCCUCAAAAAGCAAAGGUUUUGCUCGCUGGGAGAAUGAAUCGCAAGGGACUGCAGCGACAGGAGGGACCACGCACGGGCGGAGGGAUUCACAGGAGCAGACAGAAGAGAAGGAGAGUAACGGAAUCUUGACGUUGCAUCAGGAUGACACAGAGGCUUCUGAGAUCAGCUGACUUGCCAGCUCGGAGGGCCCAAGCAGGACCCCCCGGAGGCCGUCUUUGCUACGGUCCAAAAAGCUCUCCUCCCUUGGGGACGUGUUGGGGUGCCUUAGGCCCCCGUUUGACCAGGAAUAGACAGGGCCUGUACUCGGCCUGAAGACUGAUUCUGCUACAGGAUUAGAGCAUCCCAGACUCCCAGACUGAGCCACCGACAGAAGAACCAGGGCUCGGGGUUGGGGGGAGAGGGUGAUUAUUGGUGUGGUGUAUCCUUGCAGAAACAAAACUGCGGUUGCCAAUUUGUUUUAUAUAAAUGUGUGUUUGUGUGUGUGUGUGUGUGUGUGUGUGUGUGUGUGUGUAUCUCCAGGUCAUGGGGAGAUGCUCUUAAACUGGAUCCCACUGAGCUACUACUGUGAGGAGCUAGUGACUUGGGAAAUGUUUUUUUUUAAGUGUUCUUUUGGGGGUAUAUUAUGUUCACAUUUAGUUUAGUAAAUUUACUUUAGUAAUAGUUCUAAUAAUUUACAAGCUCAGUUCUCUCAGUUUUAGUCAAAAAUGGAUUGUUUUUGAGGCAGCAGCUCCUCAUUCACUGUGCCAAAAGCAGCGUUAUUCCUGAAAGCAAGUUUCUAGGAAUCCUUGAACUAAGUCACAUUGACAUUUAGUGUAGUACGCAGUGUGUGUGUGGGAGGGGGCUGCUUGAGCAAAAGUGUUUUUUUGUGAAUGAGGAAGUUUUCCUGAAUAUUCAGGGUAAUGGAGUCUGAGUUAGUGAGCUAUUAUACAGUUCUGGAAAAAAUAAGAGAUCAUUAAAAAUGAUUAAUUUCUUUGAUUUUGCCAAAUUAAAAACCUCUGGAAUAUAAUCAAGAGGAAGAUGGAUGAUCACAAGCCAUCAAACCAAGCUGAACUGCUUGACUUUUUGCACCAGGAGUGAACAUGCCAAGAUGCAUUAAAACUGUCAUUAAAAACCAGGGUUAUUCCACCAAAUAUUGAUUUCUGAACUCUGAAAGCUCUGCCACCUUUUUGUUAUUUCUGCCAUUUCUCAUUUUCUGCUGAAAAAAAUUGGAAUUUGGGAGAAAUGUUGUCCAUAGUUUAUAGAACAAAACAACAAUGUACAACAUUUUACUCAAACAUAUACCUAUAAAUAGCAAAAUCAGUGAAACUGAUUCAGAAACUGAAGUGGUGUCUUUAUUUUUUUCAGAGCUGUAUACGCACUGUUUUGUUACAGUUAUGUCCAGCUAUGUUCAAAAACACUACAUGCGGUUUAAGUUAUUUAGAAACGUGGUUGCUUGAAUGUUGCAUGAAGGUUUUGAGGUGAUUCGCUUUGAGUUUCAAAGAUCUAACGGUUUUUAUAAAAAGUGUGCAUGUCUUGUUUUGGUGGCGAUGAAUGGAGGUGAAAAAACGGGUAAAACGGGUUCAAAAGGUCAUGCUUAUAUUACAGUUAUAUUAUGUAAGCGUAGUAAUAAUGUAAAUGAGCUGAUUUAGUGUGCAGAGACGGAAGUGGAUGUUGAAAGCGUGAUGUUGGCGCGUUUACAACAUCUAUGAGGUAAUAACUGAUAACACUAUACCAUGUUUGAGCAGUAUAUAAUGUAAUUAUGAAUGCAGAGAGAAGGUACGCGUGUAGGUCAGUCAGGUGAUAAAAAGCAGGACGAUCGGAAGACCAGGACACUGACAUUUGUGAGGAUCAUGGAGCCUGAGAGAACCUAAGGGGGCACAAGCAAUAGAUGGCUGGCACAGGUGUCUAUUGGCUGAUGUAUCGGAGCUGGGGAUCCAGUAAUUUCCUUAGAGAGUGUGUUGGCUGCCUAGUGAUGGUUCAUUGGUGGCAGUUUGAACACAGUUAGAGGGAGGCUGUCUUCACAGGUAUUGGAGGAGGCAUGCACUUGUCCUAAACCUCCUGGUGUAGUGUUUGGCUACUAAUUGGCUUAGCUAAAUUAGGAAAAAAAUUGAGUAAAUCCAUCAUUUUAAAAAUCUAGAUUAGUGGUUCUUAGUGGUUAUUGGCUAUACGAUACUCAGCACAAUACAGUGUUUACAAUUUAAAAUAUUGCAAAUUAUUGCCAUUUUUAAUACCACUGUCUGACAACAAUCUAAGCAUGUAAACUAGGAUUUCAGGUUUUUUUGCAAGAUUUCUUAUUUCAUCUUUUGCAAAUCUUUAAAACGUAACCUUAAAAACAAUUUACAGACGUCAUAGUCGUUUGAACCAUAUUGCAUUUUUAAAACUUUCAUUUCAUUUUACACUGCUUGCAAACAAUUGAAUCACGCUCUUCUCCUACUCCAUGCUAGCUGAUAAAUCCAUUCAGAUAAAUGAAGCUGGCUAACUAACUAGCUUGCUGUACACGUAAUGGGGUAUGCAGUACUGUCGGGUGUAGGAAUGGCAAAAAAUAAAACCCAAACACAUUUUCAAAUCGAUUUCGGGGCAUUUUGAAUUAAAUCAGAAUAGCCAGGACUAGGAAUCACGAUUCUUUAAAGAACCUUUUUUUUUUUGCACCCCUUUUAAACAUUAAUAUUGUUGUGCAAGCAGAACAUUGUCUGAGGUCAUCUAGCAUGCCAGCAGAGGUACAUUUACUACAGUUUGAGAACCACUUAUCUAGAUGCUAAACGUACAAUCCGCAUUGGUAAUGAGUUGCUUCUGGCUCAGUACUUUUUAUUCUAGCGCUGGAGAAGAGGCUGAAACAAGGCACUUGACUGACACGAGUUUCCCAGAGGUGACCUCCCUCCAUGCUAACAAAUCAACCAUAAGAUCAGCGUUACCAAGCAACCUUGGCUGAAAGGUGGGCAGUAGCGUAUAUGUGUGAGAGAGCUAGACGAAAAAAAAAGAGAGAGAAAAGCAGAGAGAGGGACAAAAAAAAAAUCUGCUCUCUCGUUUUUCCUCAUCACAUCUGCUAUUGUUGGCCAGAUGUUUGUCCCAUUACUGUUGCCAGGCGCUCAGUGAUGGACUGAGAAACGUAGACUAAUGCUACAUCCAUCUGCCCUCAGAUCAGUUACACGCUGGGAUGAGAAAAGGGCAAGACUGAUAGGGUGGCUUAUAGUCCACUGCAGACAGUUAACAUAUGGGUCAGUGUGUGUGUGUGUGUGUGUGUUCUCAGUGAGGUAUCGUAUGCUUGUGUUUGAACAUUACAGUGUGUAAAAGAGAUCCACACAAAGGAAGGGUGUAAAGAUAUAUACAUUAUUACAUACAUACAUAACACACACACACACUGUCACCUGGCACAUUACUAACAACACCUGUACACCUACUCAUACAUGCAGCUACCUAGUUAAUUAAUCUAGCUAAUCUUGUAUCUUGGCAGCAGUGUAGCGCCAGCAACUUGUAUGAAGUAAAAAAAUGAGCUCUACUUCGCUGGUUCAAAUCCUGGUCUUGCAGCUUGCCAUCAGCUGUCAGAGCUCUGAGAGAGCACAAUUGGCCUUGCUCUCUCUGGGUGGGUAGAUGGCGCUCUGUCCCCUCAUCAUUUUAAAGGGUGAUGUCGAUCAGCACAAGGCAUCUGUGAGCUGAUGUAUCGGAACCGAGUCAUUGCGCUUUCCUCCGAGUGCACUGUGAUGCUACUCGGAAAUGGUGCAUCGGCAGCGGUUCGAAAAGAGGCGGUGGCUGACUUCACAUGUAUCUACUUUUAUAAAAAACAGGCCUAAAAAUGGUGGUUUGGCUCACAUUACCAAAAGUUCUCCAGUACAGUAGAUCUUUUCCAGUGCCUUCUCUUCACCCUCUAAAAAAUAAAAAAUAAAAAAACUAAUCCUAGAAAGGGCAGAAGACAAAACUGAACACAACACAACAGAAUGAGGCUGCAUUAUUUACAGCAUAGUCACUGUCACUAGGCUUAUCAGUGCUGAUGGAAGUAGACAGUGGACACUUAAGAAAGCUUUGCGGCUUUUAGACACUGAUAUUAGGUGUACACAGUAUUAGGUGACACAGUAAGCUUUUUUAUUAUUCGUUGUGAAAAUGUUGAAAACCCCAGCGCACCACAGAGACAUGCAGUAUUUCUUCAUAAUUAAAUUAUAUUACAACCAAAAUGAAACCCCAAAAAUUUAUAAUACUAGUGCAUUUAAAAAAUAAUAAUAAUUGAAAAGUUUCUUAUAUUUCUGUAAUUCAGUUCAAAAUGUGAAACUCAUAUUAUAUAGACGUAUUACACAGUGUGAUCUAUUUUAAAUGCUUAUUUCUUUUAUUGUUAAUGAUUACGGCUUACAUCCAAUAAAAACCCAAAAAUCAAUAUUUUAGAAAUAUAGAAUACUAUAUAUGACACCAAUUGGUAUUUUCGGCAGCGUGGGCAGUGUGCCAAGUCCUGCUGGAAAAUGAGAUCCGCAUCUCAUCAGCAGAGUAAAGCAUGAAGUGCCUCCAUGUCAUCUGCUGGUGUUGAUCCACUGUGCUAUACUGUAUCAAGUCUAAAUGCAGUGCAGUGUUUUCCCGGAAAAUCUUACCGGCCUUAAUGCUUCCCUCUGCUGACAACUUUUAUGGAUAUGCGGAUUUUAUUUUCCAGCAGGAUAAUACUCUAAUUUUCAGAGACACAUAUUUUUGGGUUUUCAUAAUUAUAAUGCUUAAAAUAGAUCACUCUGUGUUUAAUACAUCUAUAUAAUAUGAGUUUCACUGAAAUUAUGAAACUUUACAAUGAUAUUCAAAUUUUUUGAGAUACCUGAAAAUUCCAUAGAAUGCCAGAAAUCCAGUAUGAAAAAAAUAAUUUUCACUGGGAAUGAUCUGGCUCAGCACAGAGAACAUUUCCACGUGGUUUGUUGAACGUUUCUGUGUGAAAACACUUGAAAACACAAGAUCCUUUAGACCGGAGCAAAGUGUUGGCACCCCUAAAAUGUUUCUAGAAAAUUAUCGCAUUUUUUUUUCUUUGUGUAUAUUAGAACAAACCCAAAAACUAAGAAAAAGAGCACACCCUUUAACCCUAGGUUAAUAAUUCAGCUAUUAAUCCUUUUGCAAAAACUAUUGGGAAUUACUUGGUUAUCAACUGGUUGGCAUGUUUUGUGGAGUUCCACAGGGCUCUUUGGUAGGGCGUAUGAAACUGACGUUAAAAAUUAUAGCACUGUAGUUGUGAGGCUGUGCGUUGUGGGCUGACAUAAAAGGUCUAAAGGUUAAGCACUAAACUAAGCAAAUGUAAUGUAAUAAAGUACAAUUAGAAAGAGAAACAUACUGCCACACAAUAAAUACUUCUGUUCAAAACUAGCAUUAUUAUUAUUUUUUUAUAGUGAGGACACCCAGAAUCUGCUGAAAGUGCUAGAAAAAAGGAACAGGAGGUUAGUUACUGAAAGUUAAGGGAGAUGGACUGAAAUAAAAACUGCCUUUAGUUUAAUUUGUUCAAUAAUUAAAGUGUUCUGUGGGUUGCUGUGUGAAUAAGGGACUGUAAAGAGCUGAGUACGACCUAAAAAGUUGUAGCUUGGGACACAUUUCUAUGUUGUUUCGUUUUGUUGAAUUUUACAUUAUUAAAUUAUUCUUGUAUAGGCUUUUUGUAGUAUUAAUGCAACCAUUAUAAUUAUCAUGGCCUUCAUCACUGAUCUGAACUGGUCUGCUUGAGUAAACCUUGAGCAUUUCGUUUCGUUUAAUUCACUUAAACGCAGUGUUUCGUGGAUCUUCAAUAGCAGUCAAACCUGCAGAGAGAACAAACUUCAUUCGUUUGUCUCUGAAUGGAGUUUUAUCUGCAGAACACUGGAUUUGACUGUGUUCUAAUUCUGAAUUGGUUUUAAUUGAAAUUAAACAUAUGAUGUUUUUAAAGGACAGCUUGCCAUAUUUUGAGUACAUUUGUUGGGGUAAUACUGACUGCGCAGCAGCUUUAGGCUGAUAUUUAUUAAUGACUCAGGGCCUUUAUCUGUGAUGCAAGCUUGACCAACUGUAUUGAAUUUAUGACAGCAAGGGACUCGUUUCAUUCUGUGCUUUUGAUCCUUUUGGUGGAAACGAUAUUUAGAUGUUUAUAAUUAAGGUGGACUCUAUGAACUACUCUGACAAAUACAAAUGAGUGUUAUUUUCAAGGAUUAAUUUAAAGUAAUGUUAUUUAAAAUAUAGUGUAUUUUUAUAGAAAAAAACAAAGCUGAAGACAUUUUUUUUUCAUUGUGUAUCAUUUUCUGAUGAGCAUAUUUUGAGAUUUUGUUAGCAUUCCUGUAUUUGUCACGGCUACUGUAGAAAAAAAAAAAAAACUUGAUUUCUUGGUGUUCCACCAUGUUCGUAGUUACUUUUAUUUUUGCUAGAAAAAUUGUCUUCACUGAGGAACUUACACUACAUGGAUGCUUGUUUUUAGUAGUUGGAAUAAAGCCCACUGCUUUUCAGAAAUAUCACACAGUAGCCUCAUUACUGUUUCACUGUAAUUUCUGAAUAAAUAACUAUAUCUUUA